CGGAAGGUUCCCGCCAGCGCUUCAGGCGGUUCUCCUACCAGGAGGUAGCUGGCCCCCACAAAGGUUUUAACAGCUCUGGAAAGUCUGUUGUCAGUGGCUAAGUCUUAGGACACACUCAAAAGAGCAAAUGCUGAAGCUGCUGGUUUUGGAGCAGUUGGAGCAGUUUCUGACCAUUUGUCAGAGAUCCAGACCUGGGUGAGGAAACAACACCCAGGAAACGGAGAGGAAGGUGUGGCUCUUGUUGAAGAUGAACAGAGUGCAUCUGGACAACAGGUUACCGGCGCGGCUGGCCUGUGACCCCACUCAGCCCCUGCUCUGUGGCAGCCGCCCUCCACCAGAGGCCAUUUUCUCCCCAGCCUGGCUGAUGGCGCAGGCUCCCAGGAACCUUUCCCGGAAGAGGGGUCUUCGAGACCAGGAGACUGUGUGUUGGGCAGCUGGGGCCCAGGCUGGAGCGGUGCUACUUUACAGGCAGCAGCAGCCCCCGGUGUUGUUACAGGGACCAGUCACGUGUGAGGACAGAGCCAUAUGCCUCUGUCAGGAAAGACAGACACUCUUUGGCCCUACACAGAGGACCCUCUACAGGGGCGUCACUCAGAAGAACGACGAAGAUCACUCUCUGCAAACUCCAAUUCGUGAGCACAGCCAGGCCUAUAGGGCGGUGGCAGGACGACUCCGGGAGCAGGGCUUUCUGCGGACCCCAGAGCAGUGUCGCACCGAGUUCACCAGCCUGCCGUCGAGGUACCACAAGGGGAGGGCAGGCCAUGUGCCUGAGCCAUGUGUCCUUUAUGAGGCAGCGGAUGCCCUGUCAAGCUCCCGGGCCGCUGCACCCACGGUGGCAAGCCGUGCUGUUCCUGGCCAAGAGGGAAGGGCUGCAGAGCCCGGAGAGCUGAGUCAGCAGAACGGGGAGCCCACAGAGGUCGGAGAAGGGGCCUGGGCGGAUGGUGCAGCCGGGGAUGAGCAGGACUUCCGGGAUCCUGGCCGGGAAGGUCUUGAGAUCAAGAACAAAACUAAAACAGAGAAUCAGAAAUGGGAUGAUUCAGGGCAAGCAGAAGUGAAGAAGGCCGUAUGGAGAAAGUGUAGUGAAAUUUUUUGGCACCCUGAGCCCAAGAGAGGCCAGAGGGUGAGCCUGAGCCCAAAGGGCAAUGAAGACGUUCUCCAGGGGAGCGUGCGGGGAGACCCCCCUUCCCAGGACAGGAGGAGUCAGCAGAGACUCCAUGCCGGCGAGAAGGCCUGUGCGCGUGUCCCGAGUGGGGGAGACUGCUCUCAGCGCUCUCUCUGUCGCCACCAGCCAGUCCCCGAACUGGAAAAAACAUCUAAGUGCCAGCAGUGUGGGAAAAGCUUUAGCCGAGGUUCUUACCUCAUUCGGCAUCAAAGAAUCCAUACAGGAGAGAAGCCUCACAAGUGCAGCGAAUGUGGGAAAGGCUUCAGUGAGCACUGCCACCUCAUUGCCCACCUAAGGACGCACACGGGGGAGAGACCCUACCGCUGUGGGGAAUGUGGGAAAAGCUUCAACCAGAGCUCCAGCCUCAUCAUCCACCACAGGACCCACACCGGCGAGAAGCCUUAUCAGUGCGCCGUCUGUGGGAAGAGAUUCAACAACAGCUCCCAGUUCAGUGCUCACCAGUGAGCCCACAUCCGGCAGAGCCCCCCGCCGCCCCGCGCACACUGUGGGAAAAGCUUCAACAACGGCGCCCACGGCCAUGCCCACCAGAAGACACACACCGGGGAGAAGCUGUACAGGUGCCCUUGGAGUGAGAAAAGCUUCCCCAAGAAUCCCCUCCUCAUCCACCAUCAGGGGGCACACAGGGAGGACACACUCACACCCAAAAAGGGACACAUGCUGCAAGGGUGUAGGAAGGCCAACAGAUCAAUUCCCUAGUUUGAGUCUCCUGGAGCUUCCAUCGGCUUGUGGAGGCUUCUGCCAGCCAGUCUGUGGCUCAGCAGGAGACCUACAAGUGGAUCUCAAGAACCACAGCGGGACUAGGACUCACCAUUAGAGUGCUGAGCUCUCUUUCUACGUCUGCCUGUGACCCCCAGUCCUGUGUCACCGUGGACUUCCAUCUGCUUUGAACACAGGAUCCAAAGUCCUGCCAGGAAACUAGGGUAACCUUGUUCUGAAGAGAGAAUGGGUGGCUAGUGGCCUGGGAACUGUUUCUGGGGCAGGUCAGAGAAGAAAUUUUCCCUGCUCAUGGGAAGCACAUCUGCAAGUGAAUGGCCUCGAUGUAUCCUAAACCGAUAAUAUCUCUAGGCACCUGCUCUCUGGUACAUCUACCUCAGAGUAGGUCACUGCUCUGUACUCUAGUCACCCAGAAAAGACAGCAAAGCAGGAGGGACAGCUUAAGCCACAGGGUACCACUACUCUAAGUGACUUAAUCUCAGAGCAAGUGUGACAUCUGGGUUCCUCUUUCUAAGAUUUCUCCUCUAGAUCACCCCCACCCAGGUUCCUGGUUUCUUGUGUGUUACAUUUAACAGUUUCAACAGGUUUAUAAGCAUUACUAUUUCUAAUGAAAAUAAAGGUGUUUCUCCCUCCA